AUGUCCAGAUACGAGAACGAAGCACAGCUAAGCCAUCUCUUUCCGGCUACGGACGGCUGCUUCGUGUCCACGUCCGCGAACGCCGGAGCCGAGCCCUCGGCUUUGCUGGUGGAGGGAGGGGGCUAUCUAGCGGCGGUGUACUCGAUACCCGACAUGCAGAUGCUGGGCCGGAAAGCUCUCUCCCUGCCGGUAACCAGGGUGAUCGCCACGCCAGAGUGCUUGGGUCCGCAGCGGGGCAAGGUGGUUUCACAAGGUGGAGGAGGAGGUGUCGCCCCGGGGUGGGCAGGAGGUCGACCGUACGCUAACGCUCAUCUCGUGCUAGAGCCCUCUGAAAGAGUUGUCGAAGCGAAGUUCCAGCAGCUCACGACCGCGACGGAGCUUGCGACUUGGGGUUACAGGCGAAGCGGGCAAGAGACCACCACCAGCGGCUCCACCCCCCCGCCCGCCGCCCCGAUGCUUGCGGUCCUCACGACGCGGCGCGUGCUGAUGCUCUCGGCCGCCCGACUCACCACCGUCGCGGAGGCCUGGGGUCACCCCCCCCACAGCCGCUCGGCCCUGGGCGCCUCCGGCGGGCUGUCCGUGUCCGCGGUGUCUGUGGCGUGGGCGGGGUCUAGCGUUGUCUGUACCCUGGAGGACGGCAGGAUUGUCUACCUCCACCCGGGAGAUGGCGUCAACAGCGCCUUCCAGCAACAUGAGCAUCAACACCAAGAGCCCGACAUACCCGGCGGGGGCUCUCUUGGCUCCGGCCCCUGGCGACCGCUGUGCUCCAUGGACCGCCGGCUGUGCGCGGGAGGCAUCGGCAUCGCGGCCUGUCUGCCUGACCGGUUGUGUCUGGUGGUUCGGGGAGGCGCCGGGGGCGGCAUUUCUCACCUUAUCACGAGGCCGUUUUUCCCGUUAGAGCCGCUGGUGGCGGGCGUGCUAGCCGCCGCCUCAGCCGGAUCUUCGCCGCCGCCACUCCCACUCACACUCUUCUCUCCGGGAAGCGGCACCGACGGCAGCGACGGCGCGGGCGACGCGGAGCGAUUGUUGGAUGACAGCACCCUCCAUGUGCUGAGAAGGUGUAGAGCGGCUCGAGUUGGGAUUGUGGCGCGGUACGCCCCCCCUAGAUCACGCCUUCCCCGGGGCACAAACCCCGGGGACGGGCCGGGUCUCGGAGCGGGCGCCACCUGCUCGGCGUUCCGCGUCCUCAGUCGCUAUGGGCUGCACGUACUGGCGGCGGAGGUUGCCGGGGUGAGCAGCAGCAGCGGCGGGGAGGCGAUGGAGACUCGGGCAUCGGAUGUGUUCAUGCGAAGGCGGCCCUGGAUCUCCCCCCUGGAGCGGAGCCACUGUGCCGCGUCGCUGGAGCUUCCUUUGACGGCCAUGAUCGAGGGGAUCGGGGAUGACCCAGCGUUAGUCGACACUUUGACCGACCCGGACGCCAUGACCUCGGCCGUUCUCCCUGCGGUCGGUAGCAGCAUUAUUCGAGACAUGUGCUGGAUUGGCCAGGUCAGGCUUUCUCGGAUGGCACUUUCCCUCGGCGAGCAAAGCGCUCGUCUCGGCCUCCACGAGGCAGCCGCACGUCUCUUCGACAUCUCCGGAGAAGAUGCCCGACUCGCCAGCUUUCUCAACAGUCAUGUCAACGGUCACACAUGUCCGAGUGGGUCCCAAAACGAAGCAGCACAAACCGCCCCAGAUGGGGUCGAAACCCAGCCUGAGGCUGCUGCUGAAGUUGAGGCCGCCGCAGCCGAUCAGCUGAGGGCGUUGACGUCUGCCAGGGAGGCUAGAGGGGGGAGGGGGGUCGGGAAGGCUACAGGGGAGGUAUCGGCGCAGGCUGCGGGGCUGUUCCGGCGCACGUCGCUGUUGGCUGGGGUUGUGCGGUUCCCUCAGGUGGGUCAUGCGUCCGUUAUCUGUUGA